ACCCGACUGGACCUCCGGCGGCCACGUCCGGUCGCCCCUCUUUUAAGACCAAACACCCGCCCUAGAAAGGUCGGUGUGUACGUGGGGGCGCUCGUCGCCUCGCUCUCUGUCCCCCUCACCAUGACGCUGCUGCUCUUGUUGGUCCUCGGCCAUCCCCCGCUCGGCGUCGUCUUCGGUUGACGCACUUGGAUUACGCAGUCUGUUCUUUGCUCGCCGAGGAUUUCGAUAUUGGGUUUUCUUUUCCUGUCGCCCCUCACGCUUGCUGAUUCUUCAUUUCUUCCCGGAAGCGAGGAAUCCCAACUUUUUGGGAGUUUCUUCCUCUCCAAGAUUGCUGGAAUCGUGGAUGUUGGUUGUUCGCUGGGCUGAGUUCGGGUGAUCCACCCGAUGCGGGCGCUGCCUCCCUUCUCUUGCAUCUGAUCGGAGGUCUGGUCGAAGAAAACAGCGAAACUCGGCGGGAAGAUGAGGUUUUUGUUAUCUCAAAUUGUUAAGAGGAAGGGCUUGUUCUUACAGACAAUCAAGGCAACACAGGCUCCACAUGUUAGCAACUAUGCAAAGUUAUCAACAAUUGGAUUAUCCACAAUCUUAUGCAGGCGGUACUCAUCGAGUAAAUUUUUUGUAGGAAGAAAUGAUUUGGGAUUACAUUCCAAGGCUCUUCCAAUUACGUUUUUCAAGCGUCAAAAUUGCAGCAUGGCCAUUUCAUCCGCAACUGGAUCUAUGUCACAUCAUACUCAAGUUACUUGGAAAAGGAUUUCCUUAUUAUGCUCGUAUGAGGGACCAACAUUUGCAACAAUCAAUUGGAUUGCUCGUGCUGUUACUCUGUCUUUUUCUAGGCCACAUGUUGCUCCCAGUUUGAUUGCUUUCAUUAUUGGAGAGGUUGCAUGGAUGCAGAAGACCUCAGCUGAUACAGAACAUCUCCAAACAAAAAAUACUUCCUACAUGAGGGCACAGCAUGGGUCUUUCUAUUUAACUUCACUCUAUUUUUCAGUUUUGGAAGGGCUCAUCUUGCUUCUGAGGGCUGUCUAUUUGGCUAUCUUGUUUACUCCUGUAAUAGCUAUGGCACCAUUUGCAGAUAGUUUUGGUCCUCAGUUCAGGAAAACAUGGCUUCAUGUUCUUCAUUUUACUCUAGAGAACGCAGGUCCAGCAUUCAUAAAAUGGGGUCAGUGGGCUGCUACACGUUCGGACCUCUUCCCUAGGGACCUCUGCACCGAGCUGGCGAAACUUCACAGCAGCGCGCCAACUCAUAACUUUUCCUACACCAAAAAAGCUAUUGAAAAGGCAUUUGGAUGUAAGUUGUCAGAGAUUUUUGAUGACUUUGAAGAAGUUCCUGUUGCAUCUGGAAGUGUUGCUCAAGUGCAUCGUGCUUCUCUGAGAUUCCGUUAUCCUGACCAGCACAUUAAAAAUGUGAAAGUUGCUGUUAAAGUGAGACAUCCAGGUGUUGGUGAAUCGAUUAGAAGGGAUUUCAUGAUUAUUGAUCUCGUAGCAAAAUGUCACAAGUUAAUUCCGACAUUAAGAUGGUUGAGACUGGAUGAGAGUGUCCAGCAGUUUGCUGUUUUCAUGUUAUCUCAGGUUAAUCUUGCACUGGAAGCAGAUAACUUGACCCGCUUUCGAGAUAACUUCCGCAGAUGGAAACAUGUGUCUUUUCCCAAGCCUUUACUUGUACAUCCUGCUGUUCUGGUAGAAACUUAUGAACAAGGGGAAAGUGUCGCACAUUAUGUUGAUGAACUUGAAGGCAACACUCGAAUUAAAAGUGCUUUAGCACAUAUUGGUACUCAUGCCCUUCUAAAGAUGCUUUUGGUGGACAACUUUAUCCAUGCUGAUAUGCAUCCUGGAAAUAUUCUUGUUCGAGUUGCUCAGACUAAACCAUCAAAUAAACGCCUAUUUAAAUCAAAACCGCAUGUCAUUUUCCUUGAUGUUGGCAUGACCACUGAACUAUCAAAGGAUGAUCAUACAAAUUUGCUGGAGUUUUUCAAGGCAGUUGCUCUUAGAGAUGGUCGCACGGCGGCAGAGUGCACUCUUAAGUUAUCAAAGCAACAAAAUUGUCCAAAUCCAAAGGCCUUUAUCGAGGAGGUGACAAAAUCCUUUGACUUUUGGGGUACCCCUGAAGGCGAUGUUGUUCACCCAGCAGAAUGCAUGCAAGAAUUGCUUGAACAAGUUCGGCGCCACAGGGUGAACGUUGAUGGAAAUGUUGUCACGGUGAUGGUGACUACUUUAGUUCUUGAGGGUUGGCAGCGGAAGCUUGAUCCAGAUUAUGAUGUUAUGCAGACGUUACAGACCCUGCUUUUCAGAGCCGACUGGGCAAAGUCUCUCGCUUACACAAUUGAAGGGCUUAUGGCUCCCUGAGGAGUUUAUUUCUCCUUUGGUUUUGGGAAAACAAUUUUGACUCUUCACUAACCCAUCUUGCUGUCUUAUCUUUUCAUGAAUACGUCCAAUUUUUCCAUGUCAGCUAAAAAGGAAAAAAGCAUGAAUAAUUAGUGUUGUAUAAUUUCAGAAAAAGGGGUUUUGACCAUCAGAAAUAAAGAAAGUUUACCAUUUAUGGAAGCAAGGUUUCUGUUUUGCUUAGUUAAAGGAGCUAUGACGAAGGGGGUUUUUUACCAUCAUAAAUAAAGAAAAUUGUUUAGCAUUGCUGAACCAAGGUUUAUUUUCUCUUCUCUUUUUCAACAAAUUUCUGGUUGACUAAAAUGUGGGGCUGAGUCUGGUUGCUAUUUUAACAUCUGGCCUCAGUGAUUUGUUUAGUUAUUUGACAGCUCUAUUAGUAGCUUUUUCCAUUUUUCCCUUCUUCCAUGAUGAGUCAAGUUUGCCAUGUGAAUGAACUCAAGGGCAAUUAAAAGUUUUACAGCAAGUGCUGAUCCUUCAAGGACGUCGGUGUAGUGGGCAGCUUUCGAGGAGACGGUGAACAUUUUAUUUUAUUUUUGUAAAUUCAGUGUUGCAGCGGGUGAGCAAGUUUGAACGGUUAAAUUUGCUUCUAGAGACAUUUAAAGACGAAGAAUGACAGAUUCUUCGACGGUGUGGCCGUCAUUCAUCUCUAAUUUUGUUCAGAUGACUGGCUACAAUCCGUUCUAUAAUUCGUAGUGUUCAUAUUGUACCAUAUAUAUAGAUGGGAUUUGCCCACGCUCUAAUGUACUGGCAAAAGAUUUUGGAAAGCAUGUGAAUUUAUGUUCCAUCUAGUAGCUAGAAGAUUUGGCCUUGUAAGAACGCCAAGAACACAAUUUCAUCCCUGUUAAUGUUA